UGUUCAAUUUUUCAACAUGUGUGGAUCCCAGCACCAGCCUGUGUCCAACGUUCAAAAAGCCAUUCAAACUUAGGCGAGUAAAUUACGGACAUUUCUACACCUUUUUGUAAAACCAGUACCCCGAAGCCACUAUCUUUUUUUCCCUUCCCCCAAACGCGUUUAACUCGCUUGCUUCCAAGUUCUAAGUUCUAACCAUGCAGAUGCAGCUUCUCCUUAUGCUAACAUUAUUUACAUUGCAACUACAAGCCAUUCCCACACCUUGCAAGACCUCAUGUGGCAACAUUCCCAUAAACUACCCCUUUGGCCUAGAAGAUGGUUGUGGUGCACCCCAGUUCAGACACAUGCUAAACUGCAGCACCGACUUGUUCUUUCAAACACCUUCAGGUGCUUACAAAGUUGAAUCCAUCGACUACGGCAAAAAAACCAUGACAAUCUACGACCCCUCAAUGUCCACUUGCUCCAUUCUUCAGCCCCACCAUGACUUCCAAAUGACGGAUAUUCAAUCCGCUAUAAUCCCCCCAUCACAGGACACAGUUUUCGUGCUACUAAACUGCUCCAUAGACUCUCCUGUUCUCAACCACUACAAGUACCUCUGCUUCAACUUCGCUGGUCACACGUGCGACGAGCUUUAUGGGGCGUGCAAUGCUUUCAGGGUCUUUCAUUUGUUGACGAAUAGUUCCCCACCGUGUUGUUUCACUAGUUAUGGCACGGUGAAGUUCAUGAGCAUGAACAUAUUGGACUGCACGCACUAUACAAGUGUGUUGAACACUGAUAACUUGAAGGGUGUUGGCCCUUUGGACUGGGUUUAUGGGAUUAAGCUUUCUUUCAGUGUGCCUGAUACUGGGUGUGAAAGUUGCAAACGAUCUGGUGGGACAUGUGGGUUUGAUACUGACACAGAAGGUUUGCUAUGUUUGUGCUCUAGUUUCGCUAAUUCAACAAGGGCAUGCGCUGCUGGAAAUAUGAUAUCGAAAGGACAGAAGAACGUUCCUUGGACACACUAUCUACUGGUUUUGCUUGUUGUAGCUUAUUUUCACACGAGGGUGAGGCUCCUUUGAGAGCUUUAUGUUUUUUAGUUUUCAUUCCAUUCUUCUGGGCAGAGAGAGUUUGUGUAGUUUUAUGUUUGUAAUAUGCUUCUUUGAGACUUCAAAUUGGGAAAGUGUGGUUUGAAGUCGCAAGAUUAUUCUUAACUCUCCAAUGAUGCAAAAUGGCUUGCCAAAAUACAAUAGUUGCGUCAUCUUCCUUUUUGUUGUUCAUGAGUGGGCAUAAUAGAAAAAGUGUAGCCAUAAUAGAAAUUAAGAUGCAAGCGAAAAUGAGAUGGGAAAAAAAUGAUAGUUGUUAAUAGUUUUUGGA